CGAUAAAAGAAUGUACACAAAAAAUGUGAUAAGCUUUCUUGAUAAGCUUUUUUUGUAGCUUUUUUAGAAUAAUCGUGAAACUUACCCUGUUGUGUAAUACGUAAUAUUUUAUAUUUCGGCUGUAUUAAAAUAUUUAAGCAGUUUGAUUUUCCUAUUACUAAAUCGUUCAAAAACAAUCAUGCAAAUACAAAUCAAACUGUUGGGACGAGAUCCACACAUUAUUCAGGUUACUCCAGAAACUUCCAUUAGUAGUAUCAAACAACAGAUUCAUCUAUAUUUGAGGAUACCCAUUGAAGCACAAAAACUAGUUUUUGAGGGCCAAAUUCUUAAAGAUGAUAAGAAAAUAAAACAUUUUACACGCCUUCAGAAUAACAGCAAAAUUCACCUAAUAGUCGUGAUAAAAAAGACUUAUCCAUUAUACAACAAAUUGUAUGACAUCGUUCGUCUCCAUUGCAAUGAAACUGAAACGCAAAAAAUUUUGAGCAUUUUUAUGCGGAAAAUGUAUGAUUCGUUCUCUUCGUUAAGUUUGGACGAUCUCGAGCGCAUCGCCCAAGGUGCAUUACAACCUAAUUUCGUCGAAAAUGGUAGAUUUUCUAAAGCUAUUCAAGAACCGUUGUAACGAAUAUUACUCUUACCAUAAACAUGCUAUCAAUUGAGAAUUGGCUGUGAAUUGAUUUGGUUUUGAUUUCUUGUAAUUUUGCUAUAUUAAUAUUAUUGAAUUAAAUGGGUACAAUUUUUUGGUUUUAAUAAAUACGUUCCAACUGUU